AUGGCUCUGCCAAUAGAAGACAGAAAAAACGAAAUACAGCAGCUAAUCAGAAAUAACCAGGUUCUUGUUCUUUCCAGCGAGACAGGCACGGGCAAAACCACGCAGGUGCCUAAAUACGUGUAUGAAAUGUACGGUGAGUCCGUUAUUUGCUCGCAGCCCAGGAGAAUAGCUGCCAUAAGCAUUGCAAAAAGAGUCUCUGAAGAGAUGGGGCAGGCCCUGGGCCAGCUGGUUGGGUACAGUGUGCGGUUUGAAGAGUGCACAUCAGAAAACACCAGAAUACGGUACGUAACAGACGGAACCCUCUUAAGAGACUUUAUCGAUGACCCAAAAGUCUCUCAAUACAAAGCCAUAAUAAUAGACGAAGUGCAUGAGAGAACAAUAAAUAUCGACUUGUUGCUGGGGCUAGUAAAAGAUGCGAUACAAAUAAGGGAAGACCUGAAAGUCGUGAUAAUGAGCGCUACGCUCAGCACGGAUAAGUUCCUUGACUAUUUUCCAGGCGCAGAGACCCUCCACAUAAAGAGCAGAUCGUAUCCCAUUGAGGUGGUAUAUGCUCCAUCAGAUAAAAGCGAGUAUCUUGAAAAAGCCAUUGAAACUUCGAUAAAAAUCAGCGAAAACGAGCCUGAAGGAGACAUCCUAGUCUUUCUCACGGGAGAAGACGAGAUAGAGAAGAGCUGCCGGAUGAUAAUGGAGAGACAGAGAGACUUGAAAAAAAAACUCAUUCCUCUUCCGCUGUACUCCUCGCUGCCAAUGCACGCACAGAAUGAAAUAUUCGAGAAAAAAGGAGGAAGAAAGGUUAUAUUCGCGACUAACAUAGCAGAGACAUCAAUCACAAUAGAAAGCAUUGUUUAUGUGAUCGACUGCGGGUAUUCAAAACAGAAGAUAUACGACUCUAAAAUGCAGUCAGAAAUGCUUUUGCGGCUUCUCAUUUCCAAAUCAAGCGCAGACCAGAGAAAAGGCAGAGCCGGAAGAGUGCGGUCUGGCAUAUGCUACAGACUCUACGAUGAAGAAACAUACAAGAAAAUGGAGCCGUUUACUAUUCCCGAAAUACUGCGCGGCGAGCUCUCCUCUCUGAUCUUGAAAAUGGCGCGUCUUGAGAUUAAAAAUCUUGUCACUUUUGAUUUUAUCGAGCCGCCACUGCCAGAGUCCGUUAUUGUUGCGCUCAAUCAGCUGUACUUCCUGGGAGCCAUAGACUCCAACGGAAACAUCACGGAAGAAGGAAGGCUGAUGGUUGAGUUUCCGCUCGAGCCAAAAGACGCAAAAACUCUCCUUGAGUCUAUUAGGUAUGGCGUAGAAGAAGAGAUAACCACACUAGCAGCCAUUUCAGGCAACUUGAUAUUUGACAAGAAAAAGUUUGAUCUGGGAAUGGAGCACAGCGAUCAUCUGUCGUACUAUUUAAUCGUGAGAGACUUUGAAAAUACACAGAACAAAAGACAGUUCUGCUAUGCACACGGGCUGAAUGAAAAGAAUCUAGAAAAUACGCUAAAAUCAAAAAAGCAAAUCAGGAAAAUACUGGAGAAGAUAAGGCCAAAGAUAGCACAGCACCCAGGCAUAGAUGAGAUAGAUGUGGCUGUGCGAGUAGAAAUGGCCAUCCUUGGGGGAUACCUGUUGCAGACAUCGUACUCCCAGAAGCAGAGAGUGGCAUUCCUGGCAGGAUCGGGAGCAAGUGUGCAGAUUCGCCGAUUAGAGCCGCCAAAAGCCCGCACAAUAGGAGGAAGAAGAGGAUCGAGCCAAAAUACUGAUCCCAAAUGGAUCACUUACAAAGAGCUAACAAAAAUGGACGGUAAGUACGUGAUUAGGCUAGUAAGCGAUCUUACGGAAGGAAUAGCAGAGAAGCUCUUCCAAAAGAACGCACACGUCUUAGCAAAGAUUCAGUUUUCACCACUCUCUGUAAUUGGAAAUGCCAGAAGAUACAGAUAG